AUGGGUCUGCAAGUCAUUUGGAGUUUAGUGUUGGCAUUGCUAGAUGCAUAUUCCUUGGUGAAAAAGAAGGUCCUCCACAACCUUGUAUUGUUUACAGCAACAUUGUCUCUUGCAGCAGCUUCUACCUCAUUUGGCAUAAUUGUGUUGUACUUUAGUGACUUGAGCCACUGCAAUUUUGGAGAGGAAUGCCAAAAAUACCAUAUGGCAGUUGCAUUGGUGUACCUGAGCUAG